ACCAGACCUAUCUGCAGGCCUGUCAGAACAAAGAAGCACACCCACAUAUCGUUCUAUACCUGCUGGUGGUGGUCACCCACUUCGGGACUGGGCUAUCGAUCAAGCGCUCUCGGAAGCCCCUUGUUCCGAAAAUAUAAGUAAAAACAUACCAAAUACAUGUGCCCCAGACACCAUCGUCUCUCAAAGUCUAUGCUACUCUACUACGGAAGACCCCUAUAAUUUUAUUUCAUCUGUCUCGCCAGAAGAACAAGAACAAGCCAUGGGCGCAUCCACUGCCGAGGAUGAUCGUAGACGCGAGCUGCCGACAGAAGCAGCGCUGAGCGAAGCUGGCGAGAUCAUGAUCAAAGACAAAGAUGGCAAAGAAAUUCCUCUCAAAUCACUAUAUACUGGAAAGCCUGCAGAUGAACGACAACUACUCAUUUUCAUCAGGCACUUCUUCUGUGGCUCUUGCGAACAAUACAUCCACGCCCUCACCCAAGACCUUCACCCGUCAGUUCUCUCCCCAGCCAAAAUCAACCUCACGAUCAUCGGCGACGGCGAGCACAUUCUCAUAACCGACUACGCCAAACGCACCUCCUGUCCCUUUGAAAUCUACACGGAUCCUUCUGUUCAAAUCUACAAAACACUGGGGAUGAUCAGUUCCCUCAAACCUGCACCAAUUACACCAACGUAUCACCAGAAGACCUUUCUGAGAAAUGCUCUGGAUUCCACGUGGACGGCACUCACGUCGGGACAUCCGUUGUCUGCGGGGCCAAGUGCGCAGAAUGGAGGGGAAUUUCUGUUUCAAAAUGGGGAAUUGAAGUGGUGUUCAAGAAUGCGAAACACAACCGAUCAUACGGAGACGGCAGAGUUGAAGGAGAUUUUAGGUCUUCAGGCAUAAAUGAAUGAAUGAAUGAAUGAUUUCGC